UAAUAAUAAUAAUAAUAUAUAAGACUCUUUCUAAUGCGUGUUUGUGAGACAUUUAUCAUCGUGAAUCGAACAGUGACCGGAAUCUCGCCCUGGUCCAAUAUACUCAAUGCGGCCUAGCUCCUGAACGAACACCCUGACUUUUCCUGUUUCUCGGUCUUCAUCCAUCUCUCGUAUCUCUCCUCGCCUGGACGAGAUUCAACUGCUUUCAGCCUCUUUUUAUCGCACCUGGAUCCGAAUUUCAACAACAACUUUUGAUAUGGGUGCUUAUCUCAGCUCUCCAAAGACUGAUAAGUUUUCUGAAGAUGGUGAGAAUGAUAGGCUCAGAUAUGGGUUGUCAUCCAUGCAGGGUUGGCGGGCUACGAUGGAAGAUGCUCAUGCAGCUUACCCUGAUCUGGAUGCUUCCACGUCAUUCUUUGGUGUUUAUGAUGGCCAUGGAGGUAAGGUUGUUGCAAAGUUUUGUGCUAAGUAUCUCCAUCAACAAGUGCUCAAGAGUGAAGCAUAUUCAAUUGGAGACAUAGGAUCCUCACUCCAGAAAUCUUUUUUCAGAAUGGAUGAAAUGAUGGUUGGACAAAGAGGGUGGAGAGAACUUUCUGCUAUGGGUGAUAAACUAAACAAGUUCGGUGGUAUGAUUGAAGGACUUAUAUGGUCUCCAAGAAGCGGUGAGGGAAAUGACCGUGUCAAUGAUUGGGCUUUUGAGGAGGGACCCCAUUCUGAUUUUACUGGACCAGACUGCGGUUGCACAGCUUGUGUUGCAGUUCUUAGGCAAAACCAGCUUAUUGUAGCUAAUGCGGGUGAUUCCAGAUGUGUCAUAUCUAGAAAGGGUCAGGCACAUAAUAUGUCGAGAGAUCAUAAACUUGAUAUUGAAGACGAAAGAGAACGGAUAUUGAAAGCUGGUGGCUUUAUCCAUGCUGGAAGAGUUAAUGGAACUCUAAAUCUUACAAGAGCAAUAGGCGAUAUGGAAUUUAAGCAGAAUAAGUUUUUAGCACCCGAAAAGCAAAUUGUUACUGCCAAUCCAGAUAUUAAUACUGUUGAGCUAUGUGAUGAUGAUGAGUUUAUUGUAUUAGCUUGUGAUGGUAUCUGGGAUUGUAUGUCAAGUCAGCAACUUGUAGACUUCAUUCAUGAACAUUUGAAAACAGAAACGAAGUUGUCUCUCAUAUGUGAGAAAGUAAUGGACCGAUGUUUAGCACCAUCAACAUCGAUUGGUGAUGGAUGCGACAACAUGACGAUAAUCUUGGUGCAAUUAAGGGGACCGAAUGAGUCAAUUCAGUUGGAGAAAUCCUCGUCUUCUUCUUCAAACCAAGACGAGUAGAUAUAUAUAGUUUGUGCGUGCAAAAUCGACGUGCAAUGACAGGUUAGGUUUUAUCAUUCAUAUGUUUCUUUCUAUCUUUGUAUAUAAUUUUAUUCACAAGAACUAGAAAAUUGAACAGAAAAAAAUUACUAGUAUUGGUUUUUCCUGCUUGUUGAUUUAUGGAUGUUAUUAUUUUGA